AUGUCCGCCCGUAUGCCUUGUGCUAUGGGUAAUGAUUUCGUUCUGAUGGAUGAUAAUGCACGACUUCACCGUGUUCAGAUUGUUGAGGAGUAUCUUGAGGAUCACGGUUUGCAACGAAUGGAAUUGCCAGAUCGAUCUCCGGACCUGAAUCCGAUAGAACAUCUUUGGGGCUAUCUUAGCAGACAGAUUGCUGGUUUAAAUCCUCUUCCAAGGUCGUUACAUGAGCUGGAACGAGGCUUACUCUGUUACCCUUUCUUACAGACGGUGGAAGAGUCGUGCCGGGAGCAGCGCGUGUGCAGGGUCAAAACUUCACCACAGACCUUUGGAACAGACCCUUGUCCUGGAGUGCGGAAAUACGCAGAAGUAGCUUAUAAAUGCAGACCGAACGUGUUUUCCAACAAAGUGGUUUGCGAGGGAGACCGGCUCCGUUUAAGGUGUCACAAGAAUCUUCGAAUAGUUAUAUAUUCGGCGGUUUUCGGUGCCACCCAUUACGGAGUGCCUGAAUGCCCCCAAGCAGAAGGAGAAGGUAGAAUUGAAGACUGUUUGAUGAGCUAUGCGACAGAAGCUGUGAUGAGCAACUGCCAUGGCAGGAGAAAAUGUUCCAUUGGAGCUGAUGUCGGGACAUUUGGAAAACCUAACUGCCCUCCCGGCACGAGACUCUUUCUGAAAGUUGUUCAUACGUGUGCACCGAAAGAGAUCCUGAAGGAUCUAGAUCUUGGCGGAAGUGAUGACAGCAAAGAUCAAGAAGAUAGUGAUUACACUGGCUUCAUUGAAGAGCCUCGCUACGUUCCACCUGCAACGGAAGGUCCCAUACUGGAACCGAGCGAGUUACCAGAGAAAUUAACGCCCACCUUAAAGCCUCAACUUGCAGAAGAAGGAGUAACGAAAUUUGAGGUGCACCAAACAACUGUUAAGACAGACAUGCAAAGUGAUGAAAAUUCGGGAGAAGAAGGAGAUGUGAGCAACACAAAUUUAGAGGGAGAUCAAAAAGUCAUCGGAUUUCUCACUGAAUGGGUGUCGGCAUACAACUUUAUCAAAGAAAACAAAGAAAAGUUCAUUCUGUACCUGACUCUUAGUCUAAGUGUUGCUGUACUGGUCAUUCUGGCAGUCCUCACGGCCAAGUUCUAUCUCCGUCGUACCAGAAGACUUCGGGACGAGAAAGGACGUGGUGGAAUCAUGCCUUCAAAACCACCGCUCCCAGACACGCCUCCGAGUAGUGGCGGAGGCAUUAGUCCUUUCGGUGAGGACUGCACAGAGCUAGAAAGAUUCGAUGACUCUGGCGUCGAUGUAGUUCGUUUUGCAAGAUCAUCUCUAAGGAGGGCGCAACCAAUAGAGGAAGACGAUUGUAGUUUUCCUCGAGCGUCAGUCAGGGCACAGAACAACUAUUACUAUAGCUAACCACUUGCUGUGUUGGGGAUUAUGAAGAACCCCCGUUUGGUUACUGAAUGAAUUUACAAUCACUUAAUAUGACUUAUUUGGUUUUCACUUCCAUCGGCUGAAGGACCGAAUAUGCCUUUGUUGUCCGGCCCUGUCAUUGACCACCUUGCUCAUGAUGUUCGUUUUGUUUGACAAGAAGUUCUGAAGAAAUAAAUUCGAAUGGUUCUAAACAUACUCUGCCAAGCAUCAUUGGUUUAAAAUGGAAACUAACAGAAUUAUCGCAGAGUAGUUUGUCUCAUGAAUGAUUAAACCUCCACCUAAAUUAUGAAUGCUUCAACACCAUCAUUUGAGGCAUUAUGAAUGCUUGUAUAUUGACAUGUUUUUCACAAAUGAUGACUACAUUGACAAAUUAUUAUUUUUCAUUAAGGAUUUUAUAUUUUAUAUUGACAAAAACUAAUCGUAACAUAUGAAAUGUUUAACAUAGUGAGAAAUGCGGAAGAUUGCUGCGAUCAUUAAUAGCUACUACAAGAUGAAUGGAUAUUGUUCGAAACAUUUGUUUUGUCUAGGUUCUGUUCACUAAGCACUUUGGUGACUAAAAACGUAUUCACAGCCUCGAGUUUUACUUAAGCUUGGAAAAUACCUGUAAAUCUAAAUUCAAGCCAUCAAAGCCGUCAGACUAUAGUUUAUCCCGAGGAAUCUUGUGAUUACUGAUUUGAAAAAUAGUCUUGUAUAGUUUUAUUUCCA